AUGGAAAGCAAAAUUUCACCACAUAUAAAACAUGUCAAGAAGAAAGUGACAUUUCAGGCUGAAAUUACUAGACACCUCCAGGAAGUAGAGAAGGUAAAAGAAACCCAGGGAGAAGAACUGCCCUCAGACCAGUGUGUUAAACCUUGGAGCAACCAUGAGAUUAGGAGUUUCCUACAAGAAUGGGAACUCCUUGAAAGUGAAGAGUUAAAGAAGAAUUAUCACAUAGCAUCAAGAAUAAUUGCCAGGAAUCUCAAGCAAAGGGGCAUAAAUAAGAGCAGGAGAAAAUGUCUCCAGAUGCUAAUAAACAUGCGGGACUUAUAUUGGACCGUCCAUGAAGCCAACCAGAGACCAAGGAGUGAACCCUUGCCAUGUCCUUAUGGAGAGGCCCUUCACAGGAUCCUAGAACACAGAAGGGAGAACAAGGACUUCUCAGGUCCUCCCUGUGCAGAAGUGGCUGAUGUCCCACCACCUGAGUACCAGCUCCCUGCAUGUGCCAUCCCUGAUUGCUUUGAGGAGCUGCUGUGGGCUCCCCUACAUAUGAUCUACAUAGAGGAUGCUCAGGUACCCAGAUGGGAGCCCUGGAACAUGAACCUUCCACAGUCAAGUCCAUGCCUGUUUCCUGCAUUUAUCCCCCUACACCCUGGCCCCCAGCAACAGUGGUCAACUCUCUCUGACACUGAGUCAAGAUGGAGAACUUACAGCUGGAACCUGAAUCCGAAACCACAUUUUAAUCAUUUAGAACGGUUAUCAGUUCUCAUUAGAUCUGGAGUCUUCAAGAAGCUUGUGAAAUAUCAGAAAGGAAUUUUUGCCACAAACAUCUCCUAA